CCCUAGAUAUAAAAACGCCUAUAGAGUAAAAGCUGCAUCCCUUAUAUUGGUGUACAUAUAAGGGAUAUUACCUUAUUAGAACAAAUUCAAAUCUUUUUUUGGUGUAGACACAAUAUCUAAACUAGAUGCAGAAUCUGUUAAAUUUAGAGUAUAUGGUUUUGAAAACUUAAAAGUUAUUAUGAAUCAUUUUGAUAAAUAUCAUCUAUUAACUAAUAAACAGAAUACCUGCUUUUUAAACAAGUAGUAAAUGAUAUGGAAAAAGGAAGACAUUUAACUGUAGAAGGUUUAAAUAAAAUUAUGUCAAUUAAAGAUCUUAUGAACAAUAAAGGAAUGUCAGACAGGUUUAAUCUAGCUUCUAAUAUAGAGACUAUUUUAAGACCAGAUAUUAACGAUAGAAAAAUAAAAAAAGUAUACAAUGGUUAGCUGGGUUCAAUGAUGCUGAAGGAUGUUUCUUUGUAGCAUUAAAAAAAUAUCCACUAUCUAAGUUAGGGGAAACUGCAGGAUUGAGAUUUAUUUUGACUCAACAUAUUAGAGAUGAAGAGUUGCUAAAAAGUUUUAUUUCCACUUUAAAUUGUCGUAGAUAUAUACCUAAAUCAGCUUAUGGUGAAUUUACAGUUGAAAGAUUUGCAGAUGUUUUUAUAAAGUGAUUCCUUUUUUUUUUUUUUUU